AUGAUAGAACAAACAGAUAAGUUCUUACGAAAUUUAGUUACAAAGAAACAAAUGCCUCAAUCUAUGUUAGAUCGACUACGACCAUCAAGAACAGAAUCCGAACUACCCCAUUUAUAUUAUAAUCCCAAAGAUCAUAAACUUGGUGAACCACUCAGACCCAUAGUUAGCGGAAUGAAAUCUCCUUUAUCAAAAAUAGCUAGUUUUCUAGAUCGACUUAUUCGACCUCUCUUUGAUAAACAUACUCCAUACGCAUUAUCGAACUCAAUAAUCUUUCUAAAACAUCUAAAACAAUUUAAAACAACAUCAGAAACAAAUCUAUAUACAUUUGAUAUAACAGAUUUGUACACGAUGAUCCCGCAGAAAGAAGCAGUACUAGCCAUAUGUGAAUUCUUAGGCAGACAUGGAUACAGAAAGGUACAGGGACUAACAAUAAAUACAAUAAAAGAAAUGUUUAUGCAUAUAUUGGAGAACUCAUAUUUCGUUUUACAAUUACCAGGAUUAAAACCUAAAUUUUAUCGACAGAUUAAAGGAGGAGCGAUGGGUUCAGCUUGUACACAAGUACUCGCUGACAUAUAUGUACGAAAAUGGGAAAACGAGUUCGUACAACAACAGCAACAGCAAGGAGAGCUGUAUCUACGUUUUAGAGAUGAUGUAUUUUUAACUACAAGAUUACCACAAGAACAAAUAAAAUUUUUUUUAUCAGAGAUAAAUAAGAAGGGUCCUAAUUUAACCAUUACAUGGGAAGGAGGACAAACAGUAGACUACUUAGAUGUAACAACUACAAUUGAGAUUCCGAAUUUUAGAACAAAAGUCUUUCGGAAACUAGCAACACAACCAUAUGUGCUUCCCUUUCACUCAUCUCAUCCAAUACACAUAAAAAGAAACAUACCAUAUGCAGCAGCCUUAAGAGCUACACGUAUAUGCUCACAUUUAGAAGAUCUUCGAAACGAAUUAGAAAAAAUUAGAAUCACAUUACUCCUGAAUAAAUAUCCACCUAGAUUUAUUGAUAAGCACAUAGGACGAUUUUUUCAAGAUGUAACUGAACAACGAACAUCAGAAUUACUGCUAAGAGAAAGACACCAAACAUAUAGAGAAAGAACGCUUGAACCUGAAGGGAAUAAAAAAAGAAGGAAGAAAGAUAGAGUUUGGUAA